AUGCAUCCUAGGCUUCUCAUGGCUGCUCGCCUCGGGGACACACAGCGGCUGAAGAAUCUCCUGGAUGCUGGAGGAAGCGAUAGCGUUGGGGCACAUGCACAUCCCGGUUUGGUUGUCCGAGUUGAGGGCUCAUCGUCAUCGUCAGGACCUUCAGCAGCAACGACGCCCCUUACCACCUGCAGCUCCAGCUGCUCCCUGCUCCACGUAGUAGCAGCGUGUGGCGAUGGCGAUGAGUUCUUGGAGUCAGCAAAGGUGAUCCACGACAGGGCCAGACACCUCCUGGGCAUUCCCGACAGGAACGGUGACACGCCGCUGCACCUCGCCGCUAGGGCUGGGAAUACCAGGAUGGUGUCUCACCUGAUUCAUCUGGCCAAAACCACCGACGACGAGGGCGAGGGACACGGCGCCGACGAGAGCUCGAGGUUAGUGAAGGAGCUGUUGCGCGCCGAGAACAGGCUCGGCGAGACAGCUCUGCACGAUGCGGUCCGCGUGGGGAGCCGGGGCAUGGUCAUCCGGCUAAUGGAGGAGGAUCCUGAGUUGGCCAGCUUCCCAAGGGAAGGAGGUGCAUCGCCGCUGUACCUCGCCGUCGUGAUGGAGGAGGUCGCUAUUGCGCGGUCACUGCAUGACAUGAGUCAUGGCAGCCUUUCGUAUGCUGGACCAAAUGGGCAAAAUGCUUUACAUGCUGCAGUUCUCCGAGGCAAAGUAAUAACAGCUAUGCUACUGGGUUGGAACGAGGUCCUUACCGAAGAAGGGGACCAUGAUGGCUGCACGCCUCUUCAUUUCGCCACAUCGCAACAACCAGAAGAAGGAAGAAGCUUGCUGUGCAGGAUCUCACAGCACUCCAACAAGUUCCCCUGGAUUCGCUUUACGACGACGACAUCGACGGCCGCCGCUGACAUCCCGCUCUUGUUACUGCAAACCAAUCCUUGCUCGGCGUACUGCCGUGACGCCGGCGGGGCAUUCCCUAUCCAUGUCGCCGCUGCAGUUGGCGCGCACAAGGCGGUCUCCACUCUCCUUGGCAUGUUUCCGGACAGUGCAGGCCUGCGCGACGCCGACGGGAGGACUUUCCUCCACGUUGCAGUGGAGAAGAAGAGACACAGCGUAGUUAAGCAUGCAUGCCGGGCGCCAUCGUUGGCGUGGAUUCUCAACAUGCAAGACAAGGACGGGAACACUGCGCUGCACCGCGCUGUGAAGGCUGCGGAUACCGACACGUUCUUCCUCCUGUUCGGGAACCGGCAGGUGCGGAUGGAUUUGGCAAACAACGAUGGGCAGACUUGUCGAGACCUGUCACUCAUUGACAUCCCUCCAGGGUUGUCGUAUAAAUGGAACCCCAAGCAAAUGAUCCAUCGUGCUUUGACCCGUGCGAGCGCUGCCCAUGGCAUCCGUCGCUGGGACCAGUUUGAGGAGGAGUACAUCCUGCGACCAAGACGAGAGGACGAGGAGAAAGAGUCGGAGAAGCUCAACAACUCGACGCAGACUCUUGGCAUCAGCUCCGUGCUCAUAGCGACGGUGACGUUCGGCGCCACUUUCGCCCUCCCGGGAGGCUACAUCGCCGACGACCAUGCCAACGGCGGCGCGCCGACGCUCGCGGGGAGGCACGCCUUCCGGGUGUUCGUCGUGGCCAACGCGCUGGCGUUCAUCUGCUCCUCGCUGGGCACCGUCGGCCUCAUGUACUCCGGCAUCACCACCGUCGAUCUCCCGAUCCGCCAGAGGCACUUCCUCAGGUCGCUGUUCUUCGUGUCGAGCUCCUUGACUUCCCUCGUCGUUGCCUUCGCUUGGGGCAGCUACACGGUGCUGUCCCCGGUUGCUCACAGCACCGCCGUUGCAAUCUGUGUGAUAAGCAUGGUGGUCAUCGUCUACCGAAGCGUAGGGCGUUUCCAGAGGAUGUAUGCCCUGGCUGCACCGCUAUAUAAAAGAUGA